ACGUCUUCAGGCACGUAGCGUCGUUCUGGAGUUAAAGGAAGCUUCUGGCAUCAUGUGUUUGGGCACGUACUAGCUUAAUUUUCUCACAUUUCAACACAAUUUGACGUUUAUUGUGUGCCAAACGAUAUGUCGACGCCACUUUCGAAGCCCCAAAUCAUCGCACACAUCCAGAAGAGUUUAAACUACACCGUUUUUGAUUGCAAAUGGAUCCCGUGCAGUUCCAAGUUCGUGUGUCUCGGGAACUUCCCGAGAGGAACUGGAGUCAUUCAAAUGUACGAAAUGCAGCACGGAGAGGCUCAACUAAUCAAAGAGGUAGAGAAAGCCAAGCCGAUAAAGUGCGGCACAUUCGGAGCUUCAUCGCUUAGCCAUAGACAUAUAGCAACUGGGGACUUUGACGGAAAUCUCAACAUAUGGAAUCUGGAGGAGCCCAACAUCCCGGUGUACUCCGUGAAGGCCCACAAGGAGAUUGUCAACUGCAUCGACGCCGUUGGCGGCCUCAACAUCGGCGACGGCGCCCCAGAAAUUGUGACUGGAAGCAGAGAUGGUACAGUGAAAGUGUGGGACCCUCGGCAGCGUGACUCGCCCGUGGCCAACAUGCAGCCCGUGGAAGGGGACACCAAGCGAGACUGCUGGACGGUUGCUUUUGGCCACGCCUUCAACGAUCAGGACCGCUGCGUGUGCGCCGGCUACGACAACGGCGACAUUAAACUGUUUGAUCUGCGUAACAUGUCGCUACGCUGGGAGACCAACAUUAAGAACGGGGUGUGCUCUGUGGAGUUUGACAGGAAGGACAUCAACAUGAACAAGAUGGUGGCCACCUCGUUGGAGGGGAAAUUCCACGUGUUUGACUUGCGGACUCAGCACCGCACCAAGGGUUUCGCCUCCAUUUCCGAGAAGGCUCAUAAAUCAACCAUCUGGCAGGUGAGACAUUUACCUCAGAACCGAGAAGUCUUCCUCACAGCUGGCGGCUCAGGCAACCUUCAUCUGUGGAAAUACGAGUAUCCCGCCCAGCGCAGCAAGAAGGAUUCGGACGGCACCAGCGUGGGCGUGGCUGGCUCGGUCAGCCUGCUUCAGAACGUCACGCUGUCCACGCAGCCCAUCGCCAGCCUGGAUUGGAGCCCCGACAAGCUGGGCCUGUGUGUCUGCUCCGGCUUCGACCAGACGGUGCGCGUGCUCAUCGUCACCAAACUCGCCACCGUGUGAAAACAAAGUCACUGGGAAGUCGAAACUGGACCUUUUUCAAUGGGAUGUGGCUUUUCACAUGUUGAAAAAUAACCACAAUGUUGCCUCUAAAGUGAAAAAUCCUGUUAUUAGGAUGUAUAAAAAAAGAACAUGGUAUGGUUGUUUGUCCAAAUAUUUGUGUGAAGAAUUUUGUUUUCUACAAUUAAAAUGCUCUUAAGUUCGGAAAA